UCGGAAAUAAGUCGAUUAUUUAUUUCAUAAAACGUAGUAUUCAUUUUUUUAUAUUAUGUACUGUAAUAAAAAUUUGGAGGUGUUUAUUGGUUGAAAAACUCUUUAUAAAUAAAUUUGCCUGUUGUGGUCAGCUGUCUUUAUAAACAUCAAAUAAGUGGUUGCAUAACAUGCCCGGUUAACCCCAAAAUAAAUAUAGAAUAUGAAUACUUUGCAUAUAAAUAUAAUCCUUAGAACUUGUCUACGAUUAGAUAGGUUGUUGAGGCAGGAAAUUAUUAGUGUUUGUGGUAGCAGUAAAAAAAUUGAAUGCCGUGGUCUCCUUUGUAAUUUACCAAGCCCUACAAUCACUAGAAACUUGCACACGACACCAGGAGAAGGAAAUGUUCAGAAGGAUGGUAUGACAGUUUUACCUUCACCUCAGGAGGUGACUGUGAUAUUACGAAAAAAUGAAUUCAGCAAGGAAUUUACAACAGGAUCAAUCAAAUCUUAUGAUUCCAAUCAAUUGGCUUCAAAUACUCCAAUUGAAGAUACAAGGAGUGAGGCACAAUGCAAGAUGAUGCCGGGCUUACUGAUGGGAGUAUUUGAUGGUCAUGGCGGACCCGCUUGCGCUCAAGUUAUUUCCAAGCGGCUGUUUAACUACAUAGCGGCAGCACUUCUCUCUGACGACCUAUUAAAUAAAGUAAUAAAUGAACAACCUCAGGACAGUUUACUGGAAACUUACAAUGAUAGAGUUGAAAUUGUACAAGACCUCAAGUUGACUUAUGAAAAUAAUUUUAGGGAUUACUUAACAGAAUUAGCUAAAACACCUAAAACUAAUGUAGACGUCGGCACGGCGUUAGAAAAGGCAAUUAUGAAAUUAGAUAGUGAUAUCUCAAGAGAAGCAAUAGAGCCAUUUGAAAAAACUGGAAAAAUAAAUCCAAAGACAUUGUCGGUAGCUUUAUCAGGAGCUGUUACAUGCGUAUCUCAUGUAAAUGGCCCUCAUUUGCACGUAGCUAAUGUUGGAGAUUGCAACGCAGUAAUAGGGACCAAGACCGAGGAUGAUGAGUGGGUAGCUAAAAAAAUUACAAAGGAACACAAUUCUGAAAAUUUUGAUGAAUUAAAAAGGAUUUGGAGCGAACAUCCAGAGGACGAGAAAAAAACCGUAAUCAGGAGAGAUAGACUUUUAGGCGAGCUGGCUCCCCUUCGUAGCAUGGGAGACUGCAGGUACAAAUGGUCAGUCGAAACGCUCACCGCACUAGCGGUCCCUUUAUACGGAGAGAGGGCAAUACCCGCCUACUACCAUACUCCUCCUUACUUAACGGCCAAGCCCGAUAUAUAUUAUCACAGACUGACACCUAAAGACAAAUUCUUGAUUAUAGCAUCAGAUGGUUUGUGGGAUAUGAUGACUCCCUUGCAGGCGGUGAAGCUAGUCGGCGAACACAUGAAAGGAAAAGUAUUUUUCAAUCCGCUUAAGUUGCCGCGCAAGAAUAUACAAUUAGGAGAUAUAAACGAGCUGCUGGUUCACAGAAAGCAAAGUUUGAAGAGCAAGCCUAAAGAUCGGAAUGCCGCGACGCACUUGAUACGGCACGCCAUCGGGGGCACGGAGUACGGCGUGGAUCACUCGCGGCUGGCGCACCUGCUGAGCCUGGCGCCCGACGUGAGCCGCAUGUUCCGCGACGACAUCACCGUCACAGUCCUCUACUUCGACUCCGAGUUCCUGAGGCAAUGCCCCGCUUAAACCCUUUUAGAUCUGAUAUUCUCCAUCCCCUAUUAUUAUCAUUAGAGAACCACCUUUCCUCUUUUUUAAAAGCGUUUCUUUCAUUUCACUCAUUAGUCCGCUAGAAUUUGACCUAAAUAAUUAGUAAAUUAUUACAUUCGAUUUUCGGCAGACUGAUCGUCGUAGAUUUCAGGUAUGUAACUGCAUAGAUACUGUAGAUUCAACAGGACUAAUGAGAAAAAUUUCGGCGAAAGUAAAUUGCAUGACUGUAAAUUAAGCAUUGCAGAGAGAUUCAGAGAGAGACAGAGAAUUUUAUUGGCGGAUACAUUUAUCAAAUUAUCAUCACAUUAUUCACUUAAAGUAUUGAAAUAUAUGUAUAAAUAAGUAGCUAGAAAAAUUACCUGGUUGAUUAUUAUUAUUUAUUAAAGUAUUUAAUACAUUUUAGUGA